CAUUUAAAUGGCAACCGAUUAAGAUAUAUCGUUAAUGGAACAUUCUACUACAGAAGGGAACUCUACGAAUUGUAAGUAUUGAAACCAAGAUAGACAUAAACAAGAAAAAUAUAAAUUAAUUUACUGUUAGCCUGCGUAGCAGGCGCUUGCAAGUAGUGGGACAAGAAAAAACGGGAGCGCGAGAAGGAGACCCCACCCCUUGCGUGUCUCCCUCGCACGCGCCCGUUCUCUCUUUCGCCCGCUACUUCCAUCCAAGCGCCUGCUACGAAGGCUAAUUUACUGUAUUUGCUGUAUCAUUCCUUCUAAAGUCCUUCUUAUAAAUUAAAUCCCACGCGUCUAUUGAUCUGCAAUCGUCAAGAGGAUACUUUCCUGAAUUAUAGAGCAAAUAGUAUUACUAUAUAGCUAACAUUUGUUACUCAAUAAACUGACGAGACAGGUCUAUGAACUAGCCGUGCAAUACACCCCCGGCUUCGUGUUAUGGACUUUCUUUUUUCAUUUUUCGAGGGCCCACAGCCCCCGAUGUGGGUGAACAAUCAAAGAUACCUUCUUGAAGACACCGACGCGAGAUGUUUGCUUUCAAACUUUGAACUCAGUGGCUAACUCGUCGUUGAGGGAGCGUUGGAGAGCCGGUAAUUUUUGAUGUAAGGGGUAAAAACACAAAGUGAACGGUUUGCUGAAAAAUAAAGGAACGUUCUAGCUGUAUAUAAUAAACAAGAAAUAAUCGACUUUUUCGUUCUUUCUGAUUCUUACUACAGCCCAUAAGUAUCCAGUCCUUUAAAGAUUUGAACUAAGGGUUCCGCGUGAGAACAAAAGACCAUUUCUAAACGAACUAAAACAGCAGUAGCAAAAGUUAAAAGUACAAUUUACGUUUAAAAAGGGAUUUAAAUUAUUCGGAACAGGGGUUCAAAGGACUGAUGACACAGUCGAUAAUAGAUGUAGAGUUAUCAUUCCUGGCUGACGUGUUCGUAAAAUGGUCAGUGACGGGAAAAUAAGUGAUAAUAACGCAUGAAAAUUGAGCGUUACUCGUCACAAUCCUUUUUAACAAAUACUCUCUAUACCACUUCAAUAGACCAGUAUUUUAAAAUACAAAUUAUUUUGUUUCUUAGAAACCUAUCUGAGAACAAGAUAUCACUUCUUCCUGAUGGAGUCUUUGCUACACUGAAACAUCUCGAAGUCUUGUAAGUUAUGAUUAACUGACUUUCUAUUCCUUUUGUCUUGCUACUUGUCAAAAGUAAAUAAAAUGCAACUGAUCACCAGGAAGGAAUGAUUUUGUCUAUUUUUGGUACCUACGUUCUUUAAACUAGAAAAAUUGGUGAUAGACACUCCUUGACCUGAGCUCAAUCAGUGUUUACCUUUUUUUUACUUUUCUCAGCCCAUGCUUCUUCAUCGCUUUCCUGUAUUUCUCUUUUUUUCUAAUAAAGUUUAAUUAGUAAUUUUGCUUAAAUUUCGGUGAAUACUGUGACCAUUUGGUCCUAUAAGAUGAUGUUAUUGCAGAAUAAUGCCGGAGAAAAGUUAAAGUGAAACCAGAAUUAAACUUAAUGGGGGAUUCUUCUUUUCUCUAUAUGUUCCACAGGAAUCUCAGAAAUAAUACUCUACGGUACAUCAGCGUUGGUACUUUAAGAGGCCUAUUUCGGUUAACAUACCUGUAAGUAUAACUGUAGAUUAUUAUUUUGUUUUUGCAAAAUUUGGAUUGCCAACUUAAUUGUGUGAAUGACAAAAUUUUCAGAUUUGAUUGGUUCUUAACAGCUAUUAUUUAUUGCUUUAUGUGGCUGAUGCAGCACUAGAACUGUCAAAUUUGACCUUUCCGAUUUGAAACUGUUGGUAACCGUUGAGGUCAAAUUAGACAGUUGAACAGCCAAUGAAAACCAGGCAUCAAAAGUUGCUAGCCAAUAAGGUUUAACAAAAUAUGUUCAUGCUGGUAAAUCAAAACCAAGCUUAAGUGAACUAGCUUUCCAGAUUUAAUUUGACACAUAAAAAUAAUUAUCAUGCAGUUGGAGUUCAUAUUUUUAUGGUUCAUCCACAAGUUGUAAGCUUUUUAUUUGCUCUGGAAGCAGUAAAAUGAUGCAAUGAGAAAUUCGUACUUUAUUCAAAUAUUCCAAUCUGGAGAUUAUUGCACUCCAUUAUCACUACUAUUAAUUGGUAAAAGGACUUCGUGUCCUACAAUCUAGGGUAAUCAGGCUCGUAAUUUCAAAUCGUCCUCGCUCUCCGUUCUCAGUCGAUUUGAAUUACUCACCCGAUUAAAACCUGCAUUGUACUCCACUCAGUCCUAUUGCCAUUACAAAUCGCUCCGUCAAAAUGAUUCAUGGUAUUCACAUCUUUCUAGUUCUAAUCAAUUAAUGAAGAUAAAGAAAGGCGUAGAUAAAAAUUAAUGAAUAUAUAAAAUAAAAUACAGUAAUAAUAUUCUAUUCAUUUAUUCGUUGGUUAGAAAAAAUAGGCAGUGAUGUGCCGAAGACAAUGUAAACUCAAUGUAACUGAAAUUUUUUAACAGUACCAGACAAACUUCGCACUUGCUAGACUUCAUCUCUUCAGCCAACCCAUAUGUUUUUUACGACGUAAUUAUUAUGCAAAUCUUAUUUCUUGUUGCAUUCAGUAUAUAUCCACCGGAGACAAGCUAUAGUGUUCCUGGUCAUUGAUCUUGGCGACUAAGUACUUCCAUAAAUAACAAUUUGUUUAUCGGCUACUAUUAGUGGUAGACAGAGGUUGUUCACGCAAAAAGGAAUCAAGUAAUCGACAUAUUUUUCACAAGGAGACCAAGGACUAAGGGCUCCCAGACUAAAGUUUUAAUUGUUCAUGAUUAUUAACUUUCGAUACAAUAAGUUUAGUUAAUGGUAGCAAAAAAGCCGGUCUCUAGAGCAAGUUUACCCAUAGCUACUAUAGAAAGAGAAAGUUAUACACAAAUAUUGUCAUCUGUAACCAUCCAGUUAGUUUUUCAUCAACUCAUCGUCAUGGUCAUACCAACAAUCAUUCCCUCUCAUUGUUAGGCUUGUCCUGCCCUAUAAGCUUUCAAAAAACUAGAUUGAAAUGUAUAAUUCGAUGCAUUGUAUAAUUUGAUGCAUAAUUUAACUCAAUGCAUAAUUUGAUUACUCUUUUUUUUACAACAGGAAUUUGGACUUUAAUGGUAUCAGAGGAAUUGAACCAGGCUCCUUUGCCUCCUCAAAGCCCCUGUACUUAUUGUGAGAAAAAACGUUUUAUUUCCUAGAUUUUUUAUUUUAUUAAAAUUUUGUGAAUAAAUAUUGUCAUUAUUUAAGCAUUAUUUAAGAGUCCUAAGUUCUCUUAGUCGAGUGAUCGACAGUUCAUUAAAUCUGUACGACACACUGCGGUAACCUUCAUUCAUGUUGAUUCUUGGAAAAGAUACAGCUUCGUCACAGUGCAAGUAAGUUGGAGUCCUUCGUCUUCACUUCUGUGGUAUGCAAACGAGGAUCCUCAAGUACCGGCAUCUAGCUCGUUGCAGCUUGACAAUAGCAAGGACCGAUCACCGCCCAAUUGCUUUUUUUAGUAGUCAUUUGUGGCGUUACUAGCAGCAAUAUAGGCACAUACUUUCCACCUCAUCACUACCAGGAACAGCGUAGAAUUGAGCAUGUCUCCAUUGUUUACGUAAGUACAGCUCUUCAUUUGGGAAAACACUUGGGGACGGUUGCAUAAACGUUGCUCUAAAGACCGGCCCCUUGCGUCCAACGUUGGUAUUAUCUCUGACCUUUAGGCCUCAUCUACAACAAACGUACUUCAGAAGUCGACGUCGGCUGCACCAACAAGACGUUCACAGGUACUAAUUAGGCAAGGCGUUCACGUUCAACAUCGGUUGCAGUGUAUACGUUCGUAAUGUGGAGUCAUUUCAACUUCGUUUCAAAAUGGCUCAGGCAGUAAAACUGCUCAUGAGCCAAAUCGAAAGGCUUGUCCAUCGGAAGGCGAACUACACACAAAUCGAUAUAUUUUUCCAAAAAAUUAAAGUUACGCGAGAAAGAAUCACCGAAAGAAAAAAGCAAGGACAGAGCGGAAUUAGUCAAUUGACCAGCAAUUGAUAUCGGACAGCUGAGGAGCCAAAAAGGAAGUGCAAGGAUCCCUAGCGAAGAUGUUAGUGCACAUCAGCUUAAGAAGACGACUUUCAGCUGCAUACCUCUCCGGAUACUUUUGGAAGAAAUUUUUCAUCCUUGACGGGAGUAAAGAACGCAUAGAAAGUUCCACUGCCAUUAGUUCUGCCUAUUUAAAGCGCUACCAGCCACAAGAGUUUUAUAUCUCACACGUCGAUUGAGGGUAAAGCGUGCAAAGCGUGUAAAUUGAGGAUCCGCUAACAUUUAUCCCUUAUCUCCUCCGGGACCGUAAGAUGAAAGCCUACUGUUCAUAUAGCAGAGUUUUCAUGUGGAAUAUUAUCAACAACAAAUAUAGUCAGCCAAUUUGGCUGGGCGAGUUCGCGUACGCUGGGGGUAGCAUUAUAGGGUUGCAACAUCAGAGGAGUUCACUGGCUCUUCAGCGGAGAUCUCCUUUUUCUUUCGUUCACUACGGGAACGCUCUUGAAGAAUGAAGAAUGCCUCCUUAGCAUUCUGUUUAACUUUUGCUUGUAGUUCUUGUGCUCCAUCUUUGCUGUCUUAAUGACCUUUUCCACGGUACGCACGAAUUUUUUACUUCUCCGUUCGCCCUCGCUUACUUUGAAUUUGAAGUCACUUUAAGACGUUUAAAGCCAAGACCAUCUGUAGGCGCUGCAAACUCCUUCCCGUUGAACAGGUGACAGAGGUACUCCUCAGCAACUUUCUGCAGUUGGCUCGUCUCAGCCCCAUGCUUGGCUGGGUGAUCUGAUAGGUAAUACGCCGGAUCAACUUCUCCUCUCCGAUAUUCGACUGAGUAGUCAUGUCUCAGUAAAGAUAAACCUUGUUGGUCUAUAGGUAAACGUAUAACGACAUUAUUAAUAUUAAAACUAUCUUCCUGCAUACUAAUUUGGUAUAGGUAAACUGUGUAAGUGGAUGGUCAUUUCUUUUGAAGUGUUAAUUAAGUGUCUAGUUAGCUAGGUAAACUCAUGUUCUUUCAUGUCUAAUAAAGUGUAUAGUUGUUUUGUGUUAAUAACUGUACUUUUUACUAGAAAAAAAGCUUUGCCUAGGCUUGCCCGACCUCUUUUAACCUUGAUUGGUUCACGUAGAAUCCAUUGUGUGCUCAAAAUAAAAGAGUGCAAAUUUGGAAAGCGCUCCACGUAUAUUAUGAGAGGGAAGAUCGCGCUUCGGUUAAGACAUAAAACAAGCCAAGUUUAUACCAAACCAUAUUUAUUUACAAAGUAUAUACAUCUCGUUGUUGACUACUUUAAAACCGCUAAACAACACAAAAUUUAUGACCAUCGUCCUUACUACUAUCACUCUCGGUAAAUUUGUUGCAUCUAAAACAAUAGAAAACUAAUUAGACUUAUUACUUUAAAAGCCGCGUUCGCGAAGCUGUAAUCCAUCUUUUAAGGAACUCCUUGCUUCUUGGUGUAACAACUCAGAAGUAUUUUUAUCAGUUUGGCAGUAUCAUUUGAAAAUGAGGACUUCGUGCUCAGUGCCGAAAUUGCUGACCAUAUAAAUGAACGACACGUCGACAAAGAAAAGUCACCCAGAGCUUCCAAGUUCUACUUGAAAUACAGUGCUCACUUCGACAAUGGCGAUGCUGACUAAGCGGACUUAAGAGAAAAAAGAUAAUAAUCAGGCUAUCGAAACAGAAUAUAAAAAAGGUCACGCAACAUACUAUAUGUAUGUUUUUGAGAUGUUGAAAGUAAUUGGAACAGAUCCGUGGAGGUUUCCCAGUACAAAGAUCAAUAUUUACUAUACAUACAAUCUUCUGUACAUAGAUCUGUCUGAUUUCAUUAAAACGUGGCCACUAGGGUUUCGCCCGGCGCGUGUCCAAAAAAGGCCUGGGGGCAAAUCAGUGGGACAGGGAAGGGACUAUUUUAACACAACCCCUUCAAUAAGCAGCAGUGUUCACUCGAGGCUUUGACUGGCAAGUACCUUGUUCUUACUUUACCUUGCCAGGUGAAUCAGGCCUCUGCUGAGAACGAUAAUCAUGAUAGUUGCAGAGCUCAGUGAGAGGAGCACACAGGGGAGGGUCAAAGUUUUGGUGUCAAGGACAUAAUUACCUGAGGACCUGUAGACACUCACUGAAGCCAUGUUUACAUAAAUUCCGUCAGAGAUAAAUUUCGCAUAAUCAAGACCUACCCCUUUUCAUGGGGUUAUCAUAAGUUUCUAAGGAAAAAAAAGAAGACUAGGGAUUUCGGUGUGGUAAAUCCUACAGGGGCGACAAUCAAGGCUAUUUUAGGAGCCACCAUAAAUGUAAAAGUCGAUAGCCAAUGAUAACUACAAUUUUAAUGAAAGCUAGAAUAAUAUAUAGAUUUAGCCAAGGCUAAAAGCUGAGCUCCCAAUAAUAUAUAUAGUUAGGUCAAACAAAAUAUAAAGUCGUGUAACGCUAAGCGGCAAAGGCAACGAGAAAGGUCGAAAACAACAAUAGGCUUGAUUAGCCAAAAAGCAACUUUGCUUGUGCAGCACACUUUUUUGCACAUUUCUUUGCCGUUGUUUUGCACGACUACAACCUAAAACUCCCAGAAACUUCCUAGUUACCCUUUUUAUAGAGGAAAUGUCGUACGUGUUCUUGUUACCUGUUUUUUCACUGCCGCUCACUUUCACCUUGGUGGCCGCUAACAUUUCUCAUUUUCUCACUGCCGCUACAAAAUUUUCGUAUUGUUCUUCCCACAAAAAAAUGUCUCUUUUGCUAUUUUCUCUCCCUCUGGUUCUCUAUCGCUCUUAUUCUCGUUGCGCUGCGCUGACCUUUCUCUUUCUCUAUAUUCCAUAUACGUAGACAUGACAAUUAAUCCGAGCUUAACACUAUAGACAACACGGAUGUAAAAAACAAUUUACCCUUUCUGUUUUCGUCUUUAUUGAUUCUUUAGUUGUCUUCGCUUUAUAAGACGCGGGUGGCUACACGAUUUCCCGCCAAAAUAACCUCGAGUUGCAUUCGGGUUGCCAUACCUGUUGAUUGAGUUAUUUUACAUUGGUAUGCGUGUGGUGCGGACGGACGGCGGACGGGCGUACGGUCACGUGAUUACCCAAAUUUCUCGGAUGGGUAGAUUAUCACAUUUUCUGAGGUAUGGGGCAACGCUCGCGCGCUCUUCGCGUGCUAGUUGAGCUCCGCUAUUAACAAAAAACUUUCAAGAACUUGAUUGGCUAUUAAAAAACCGUUUUCUCCGUUCUAUCGCGAUGAAAUAACUGAAUAUUCAGUGAUGAGUUUAUUGCCUUGUUUCACGUUUCCUUAAAGUUAAUUAGUUAAUAUGCGUACCAAGGAACGACCAUUCACAUACUUGGCUCUACUUUAGAGGUCAAGGUAUUAAGAUCCGUCUGUGUCUACACAAUUUUCGCAAAGGCUUUAAAAUCUCCCUAUAGCCUGAGCCAUCAGUUCGACUUGCCUUGUUUCUUGCGGUUUGUUUUGUUCUUUGUAGUUGUUCUUUUAGAUUUUGCUUCAAAAGAAGCUUCAUUUCUUCGUGAUCCUGACAGUUAGUAAAUUAUUUGUGUCGGUGUCUUGAAUUGUCUGCUUUACUUUUGUAAAAGACGACUUUAACGUUACGUUGCAAAUACUGUCUUCGAUGUAGGUGGUCUAACUAGUGAACAUCCGCGAGAUGGUUAGCUAAUCUGACAAGGUACUUCGCCACGCAACCUGAAAUUUGAAAGCAGAAAGUAAAGAAAGAAAUUUCUACCAACUAAAGAAAGCGAAGUCUUACAAGCUAGCCAGGGAACGGAGUCUUCCCAAGAAGAAACAAAGUAUUUAGAGCCUUGGUAAUGCAUUCUUUAUGAAGUCGAGAAACGCCACGAGACCCAGCUCAACAAAUUGAUCAAUCAAUACGAGGAGUAGGUUCGAUUACCAGCCGCUGUUCGGGAAAAUGAACCCACAUUCCCCGAAAGAGCGGCUGGACGCGUGCGAUUUUCUUUGUUGGUUUAAGCCAAUCAUGUUACCGCUUGCAGAUUUUCGUCUGGCAAAGAUUGUCACAGAAACAAAAAGUCCUCCCUUGAUCCAUCGCAUGGGGAAGCGAUUUCAACGGUGCGGAGACAUUAGGCCAUUUUACCGUCCGCAGGAACACAACGUUUUGUUCGAUUGUUUGUUGUGAAAUUUUCUUUUAAUGAUUGUUGUUGGAGAGAUUUUGCAUCUUGAAGGAUCUUUUCAAGGCGCUUUGGGUCUCGAUAACUGCGUUCGUUACAGAUGUAACCGUCCACGUUUAUAUUUGACAGAGGAACAUUCAAUACUCUGGAAAUUCUGUCUGGUGAAUCAGAAACUUUUCCAUUUAAUUUGGUCCGCUUCCAUUGUUCGGACCCACAGAAGACGCAACCAAUAUUCGAAGAUCAAAGAAAAUUAACUACAUGUCGCCGUGUACAGAAAUGUACUGAAGAAUAUUUUUCACGAUGUAUGGAAAUGUACCGAGAAAAACUAUUUCGAAAGUCAUUUGCGCAGGCAAGGGAGCGCUUGAUGCAAUUUUGAGCCAAAUAAAUAAGAAAAUUGGAGACCGGUUUCACUUCCAGUGACAUCGGAGACGCCUAAAUUGUGAAGUUUACAAUUACGUCACAGACAAGGUCAACGGGUCACCCGUCCAGCCGUCUCUUUUCGGGGAGGAUCAAAGACCGGACCCGAGAGAUGGCGGAAAUCGAGCCUAUACGAGGACAGGCAGAUUCAGAAAACGUAGCUCGUACUAAAGCCCUAUUUACAGAAACGCGCUGAGAAAAGUCCUCCUAGAGUUGUACAGUGGAUGCGUGUUAUGAAAAAAGAUCCCACCUUCCGAAAAGUGAUGGAAACUCAAAAAGAGCUCGAAGAUACAGAGGGGUUUAACUAGCUUUAAUCGACAGAACUAGUGAUCGAUAAGCGAAAAUUCGUACUCAAUCGACUACAUAAAAAGCAACCCAUUUCACAAGAUAAAGACUAGACCUACUGUAAAUGUUAUAGAAUUUUUUUCUGGAUCUUUGUUUUGUUGCGUUUCUAUAAAAACUGUAAACAACCACACAUUAAGUAUGUUCAUUUUUUAUUGUUGACUUUACAACCUUUACAACCUUUUGUCUAUACAGGCUGUUACAUGAGAUUUUUUAUUCAAAACAAAGUUUUUUCAUUGAUUUAGAACAAACAGGAACACCUAGGGUUCCUUAUACUGUUAAGCAUAUUGAUGCAAUAGGGGCACCCAACGGCAAUUUUCGGGAAAAUAUCUGUUCGCAAGACGAUUUGAGAUCUAGAAUUUUCAGAGCAUUUGUUGUAAAAUUUCUUGCUUGCCUGCCUCUCCUAGGAUUUUCAAACAUCUACAAAAUGGUAUAAUUACCCAUUUUUAACGGAUUUUGACCUAAAAAGGCCACCUAGAAUUUUCGGGAGCCUUUUCCUGGCUGAAAUUUUCGAGAAGGUAAGUUUUCCUCCCUAUAAUUUUCGGCUCACUAGACUUUCAGCUAGGAAAUCCGAACAGAUGGAAAGUUUUUAGGCAUAAAAAUAUGCCUAUAUCUACCGUUUGAAUACUAUUUAAAAAUGCGUUCAACAAUGUUAUGUUAAGUGGUUUUGAACAAUAUCCUCGUUGGGUGCCCCUGAUGCAUUUUGAUCUGGGUGCACCUUGUGCAAAAGCUGUAGAAUAAUAAGGUAACUGUUUAUCUUUUUCUAUCUCUUUACGUUCUUCGGGGGUGACGACAUAACUGUGAAAUGGUACGUGUUUGCCUUCAAUGUUUCUUUCAAACAAAGCCUUCAACACUUGUCAACUCUCGGGAUGGUGCUCGUCAUCCCUUGCGUACUUGUAAUAGGCCUGACCGAGCAAGUCGUCUAUCUCUAAACUAAGUGUAGGAUCUGGAUCAUCCGUAGAGUCUUCUUUCAUUCUUUGAACGUAAAACUUGUGCAAUUUCCUACACCCCGCGUAUCCAUUCUUUGUAUCACAGCCCGUGAAAGAUUUUAGAUCUUUCUAGACUGUUAAUUGAAACCGUUGUCACACAUUUCAAAGCCGUCUUGAUCUUAGCGGGUAUGGCGCUGUUGUUGGAUAAAUGCUUUCUGUUUCGACUCCUGAGGUCGUUUCUUAAACAUCUCCUCUAUCUCUACAUAAGGAUGGAAUCUUGCGACCUGUGGCUCAGGCGAAUACGAAAGCCACUUCUUAAUACUAUAUGAUAUUGGCUGGUCUAUCCUUAUGAAAAAGAUGCGCUCUUUGUUGUAGCAUGUCAGAAACAUACGAUCCUCGCUCAAAGGCUGUUUUUUUUUCUGAGCUGCAUAUUGUCUCACAUCAGAGUGUGCAUGAUGCGCGAUCCACUCUAUAGUGUCCUCUUUCCAUUCUGAAGCAGGGGCUAACGUAAAGCACAUUUUCUCAUGGCGGUGCACAUAGCAAAAUCCUUUCGCUUUUUCUGUCAAUUCCAACGCUGAGAGGGGAUAUGAAACGGGCAGACCUUACCAGGUAAGGAACUCGCUUUGUCUUCUGUCAGCAGAGGUGUAGUCCUUGAUUCGACAUUGUAGUGUAUCGAGCGACUGAACAGCUUAGAUACUCUAACGGAACACAACGAGUCAACAAGCACAUGGUUCGGACUAAAAUACGAUAGGGGUCACGUGACUCCUAACAAGUUCCCAGGACCGCACAUUCCUCCCCCUCAAGAUCCUAAACAAUAUGUGUCAUCUCGCCUUGAACUAAAUGUUCAUGGAGGCAGGAGGGGUCCAUCAGUAAGAACGCUGUGGUGGUCUUCGGUCCCUUACUGGAUAUCGUCGCACUUGGGUGGCAGGGACUAAGCUUGGGUCUUCGGGUGUAGUGGGUGGCUCCAACUCCCUACAGGUUACUUCAGGGCUAUUCACAUUGGGUACUGCAACCUGCGGAACAACACUUCCCUCGUUGCUAUGGCCUGUCCUUUGAAGAUGUUGGAGUGGGGCAAAGAGGCUCUGUAGUACGAGAAAUUAAUUGGUCAUGAUGUCUCCGAACUGUACCAUUCCAUCUUGUAGUUCAACUCGCGCAGACAGAGGGCCGGUUUCCUGGAUUAUAGUUCCAGGGACCCACUUCGAUCCCCGGGAGUAGUUUCUGACACUCACGGUAUCACCAAGCUUCACUCCUCGCGUUCGGCUAGGCUGAUCAUGCUGUUUCUUUUGUCUAGACUGAGCCAAAUGCACCCUUAUCGCUACAUCCGGUCGCAGCAGAUGGAGGUGAGACCUAAGACUACGUGCCCACCGUAACUGAGCUGGAGAUUCGCCAGUGGUGCUUUGCGGGUUAAUCGGGUAGCUUACGAGAAAACGAGCCAAUUUGGCUGUCAACAGAAUCGUCACCCUGUUUCUUCAUCCCUUGAUUAAAAGUCUGUACCGCCCGCUCAACGAGUCCAUUUGUACUUGGGUGGCAAGUGCUGAGGUAAUGUGCUUGAUGCCAUUUUUUUGCAAAAAUGACUUAAAUUCACUGCUCACAAAAUUGGAUCCAUUAUCGGACACUACAAUUUCUGGUAAACCAUGAGAAGCGAAAGUUGACCUCAUCUUGUCUAUGAUCACACUGGAGGUGGCAGAGUUCACACCGUGGAUAUCCAUCCACUUGGAAUGGGCGUCAAUGAUCAGCAAGAACAUCUUUCCCAUGAAAGGUCCCGCAUAAUCUACGUGCAUUCGCGACCAAGGGCGGCCCAGCCAUUCCGAAGGGUGUGAUGGCGAACAGGGAGGGCUCUUUUGGUGACUCUGACAAGUAGCACAACUUUUCACCUUCUCUUCUAAAUUCGUGUCCAUUUUUGGCCACCAUACAUAGCUUCUGGCUAAACUCUUCAUUCUGACUAUUCCCGGGUGAGUAUCGUGUAAUAUGUUCAAUACCUUUUCUCUCCCUUUGAGGGGUACUAUGACCCGAGCUCCCCAUAAGAGGCGUCCAGCAUGUACACUCAAUUCGUCUCUUCUAAUAAAAUAGGGCUUCAGGCCUUCUUCUUCUUCUACGUCUUGAGGCCAUCCUUGAAGAACAAACUGUAGAACUUGGGAAAGCACUGGAUCGCGGGUUGUCCACAAUUUUAUCUUGGUAGCAUCUACUGGGCUGGUGUUGAUAGUUUCUAGGAGGUAUACAAUGUUCCCUGGGACGGGUGUGGACCCCGGGACAUCCAAAACGGGUAGGCGACUGAGUCCAUCCGCAUUACCAUUUUCAUUUCCUGGGCGAUACAGCAGUUCAUACUCAUAAGCUAGCAAAGUCAAUGCCCACCUCUGCAUCUUGCUUGAGGCCAUUAAAGGCGUGACUUUUUCAGGGUGUAGCAGCCCAAAAAGUGGUUUGUGAUCUGUGUAAAUCUUAAAAUGGGCGGCCAUACAGAAUUUGUGGAACUUUUUCACACCAAAAACUACAGCUAGUGCUCCUUUAUCUAGGUGAUCGUGGUUCCUUUCUGCCGUAGAGAGUGUGGGCGAGGCGUAUGCCACAGGUCUUUCUGAUCCAUCUUCCAUAACAUGGGAUAGAACUGCGCCAACACCCUAAGGUGAUCCAUCACAAGAUACCACCAGCUCUUUCUCGGGAUCAUAAUGUACUAGUAAGUCUGAUGAUUGAAGCUGGUUUUUGGCUUUAUCAAAUGCUUCUUGCUGUUCCACCUCCCACUUCCAAACAACAUCUUUCCUCAGCAAACUAUGUAGUGGGUCAAGAAUGGACGACAGGUUAGGUAUGAACUUCCCAUAGAAGUUAAGCAUACCAAGGAACGACCUCAGCUCAGUGGGGGUUUUCGGUGCUGGGGCCUCUUGAAUGGCCUUUACUUUUGUUUCAAUAGGAUGAAACCCCGCUGCAUCAACUCGGUGCCCCAGGCACUCCAAAACUGGCUUCAUGAGCUGACACUUAACUGUCUUGAGUCGUAGACCAGCUUCCGAGAGGCGUCUCAAAACUUUAUCGAUGUUGUCUAGACUAGACUGGUUCAAUGGUCCCUGCCCUUUCAAGUCUUUCUAGGUCUUGUUCAAUUUUCUCCCUCAGAGUAUACGGUACUGGUCUGGCUUUAUGGAAGAUAGGGGUAGCAGUGGGGUCAACAUGGAUUUUCGCCUUUGUCCCUUGUAGAGUUCCAAGCCUCUCCUCGAACAAGUAAGCAUGUUUUUGCAAAAUCUCUUCCAGUCGCUUAUUGUGUGAGGAAAGUUGUCUGAUUAUGGGUUAAUUCAGCUUGCUUUUCUCGAGCCAGUUCCUACCUAGCAAAGCAGGCCCCUUGCCGCCUACAACCAAAAGCGGCAGGAAGUAUUCAACCCCGUCACAACACACAUUCACAUGCAGAACAAGACCCUUUAGGUUUGACCUCUUUCCCGGUAUAUGUGCGAAGGACAAUUCCUGACUCUACAAAUUGGGUUGCUUGACCUGCUGAGAAAAGAUAGUUGUAUAGUUCCUCGCUAAUCACAGGCAAGGAGGCCCCCGUGUCAACGUCCAUUUCAAGGGGUUGCCCAGUAACACUUAGCUGUACUUUGUAGGGUGAUGGGCGUUGACUGCCAAAGUUAAACAAGGAAUAUGCACCCACACCCUGUUCCUCCCCUGGUGUUUGCAUGGCACCUUCAAGAAUAUUGGUAGGCUCGGAGUUGCCUGAUUUCUGCUCAUUAACUGGCUGUGGUUGUUUCCCUUUCUUUUAAGCUGGGCACAAUCGAGCUAAAUGGCCAAAUUUACCACAACAGUAGCAUUUGGUAUCUUUUAAGAUGCCAAAAAUGACAGCUUUUGGGGUAGUGGUUGCCGCCACAACGAGAGCACUUAACUUCGCUUCCCUUAUUAACUUUGACGUCUGCUUUGUUGACAGAGGCAUCCCCUCCCUGACCGUCUGCCUUUUGUAUCUCUGAAGCAUCCUUAUCUGUUGCUUCAAUGGCGAGAGCUAGAUCAAGUGCCCGCUUCAAUGUUAAUUUGGGUUCAGCUAAUAAUCGGCGCUGUAUUCUGAUAUCACGAACACCACACACCAGCCGAUCACGAAGCAUCUCAUCUAACGUAAUCCCGAAUUCACGGUCUUCAGACAGGUGUCUUAAUUCAGCUAAAAACAUUACAAUGGUCUCACCUGGUUGUUGGGAGCGUGUGUUAAACUUGAAUUGCUGAACAAUAGCCGAAGUUUUAUGCAUGAAAUGGUCUUGGAGGAGUUUUGCUAAAUCCUCAUAGCUUUUAUCCUUUGGAUCUUCUCGGGCAACCAAACUUCGCACCAAUUUAUAGAUUUUCGCUCCCACACAAACCGGAAAAAUGGAUCUCCUCUUGUCAGGAUCUGUGAUUUCAUUCGCUUCGAAGAAAUGGUUUACACGCUCGAUGCAAUGGCGCCAAUCUUCAGUUUCGUUGUACUCGUCAAACUUCCCAAACGUGGCCAUGAUUCACGUAGACUUCCCUUCCUUUGUCUACCUUGCAGUAAGCGUCCGUACACGUUCCUCGUCGUCCAAAAAUGUGGUGUAUCGAGCGACUAAACAGCUUAAAUACUCUCACGGAACGCAACGAGUCAACAAGCACAUGGUUCGGACUAACAGAACAACACGACAGCGUUCACGUGACCCCGACCAAGUUCCCAGGACCGCACAGACAUGAAUGUUUGUAACCAUCUUGCAAUAAAUUUACGAGUGCAAAAGACAAAUGUAGUAUAGCGAACUGGAACAAAUAAUUUUCCUAGCAAAGCGAUUGCUAGACAGAUAGCGCGUUCAAAAUCUGCGCGGUCUUAUUUCUAUCACACAGUAGAUUUUUCAUCAACUGAUCAGGGUUAGAAGAGAACGGGCAAGCCUAAGAAAAGCUUUUGUUUCUAUUGAAAAGCACAGUUAUUUACGUAAACGGCUAUCUACUUAUUAGAUAUGGAGGAAAGCGAUUUUACGUACACUGUAGCUACCUAGACAGUAAAUAGACACUUAAUUAACACUUCAAAAGAAAUGACCAUCCACUUACGCAGUUUACCCAUAUCAAAUUAGUAUGCAGGAAGAUAGUUUUAAUAUUAAUAAUGUCCACAUAUGUUUACCUAUACACUAACAAUGUUUACCUUUGCCGAAACAUGGCUACUCGACUGUUAUCUGGUACGGCUGAAGUCGUAUAGUCCAUCUCUCGAAUCUUGCGGGAGGCUUGUAACACAGAUUGCCAUAGCUAAAGACUAGGGGUUUGUGAUCUUUGUAGACUGUAACCGCUUUCCCGUAAAAGUACAGGUGUAUGUUCACAAGCCCAAAAUACAGGGACGGCUGACGGGUGCUCUUAAAAGUCCUUGUUUCAGUUGGUAAGCUUGCGCAAGGGCUCUGUCUUGGGGUGUAGUCAGAGAUGAACCUUGUUGUCGAUGGUGUCUAAAGAUGAAUAACAUCUGCAACUUUCGUCGGGUCUGGCGAGAUGCCGUCUUUGGAGAACGCGUAUCCAACGAAUUUUUCUGUACUCGCACUUGCUAUUGUUCAGGGUCGGACCUUCCUCUCUCUGUAUUGGGCUUGUAGGUUCUGGACAUGUUCCUCGUGCGUCUUUCCAAACACCAGUAUUUCGUCACUGAUGUUAAUGGCGAAUCAAUGCCCUCUAGUGUCUUACGGAGAACGUUCUGGAAGAUCUCAGCGGCACUUGAUAUGCCAAAAUUGAGACGUUUUGCACAAGUAGAGAUAAUUGUAUGUUGUUUGCAAAGUUGGUCGGGAACAAACGUGAAGAUAUCCAAGAUGACUAAAACACCUGAAGACUCGUUUGUCUACAACUGCAAUCUCUGGAGACGUCCUUCACCGCGCAACACAAAACCCUCACUUCCGUAGAAGAUAUGCCAUGAAUUAACCAGUAUACUUUUGCAUAGUGUCAGACUGUUUUACAGCGACACCAAGCGUUUCAUCCGCGUCAAGCAUGCUGGGAUUAUACCAAACUAGCAAAAGAGAGACUAGCACGGACUUCGAAACACCGUUCAGUAGUUGAAGAUUGGCUUCAAAACUAUUAAAUUACUUUUAAUUCUUUGAUCCAUUAACAACGGAUUUAUCAAAGCUAUUCAGAUAUCAUCGGACGUUUUGCAAAUAAAUCAAAUCAUAUUUUAAAAAGAGUCAUCAUUUUUUUUCUUAUCCAGAAACUUGGAUGGAAACUACCUGACAAGAAUUAACAACACAACCUUCUCUGGCCUUAUAUACCUGCACCAGUUGUAAGUGUGGCUGACUAUAAUGACACCGGGUCAAUUGUUAUAUACUAAUUGUUUCAAUAGUGCUCUUCUCGGUUGAAGAAUUGUGAACAGCCUUUUCUUUAGUGAAGAAGAGAAGGCCUGUCUACAGGGGUUUUUUUGGCACCAAGAGGGAGUUGACUCUUCGGGUGAUGUGAUAACAUUCUAACAAAUUAGAAUCCAGUAACUGUGAAAUGUAAAAUAUUUAUUUAUAUGGCUUAUCGAUCAAUGUUUUAGAGUGAGCCAGCACUUCUUUCAUUUUCUUCCUGGUAACCAAGGUUCCCAAACCUAACAAUUGUUUUAAUGAUAUUUUAAUCAAAGUCAAAAUUGUUUCAAUUUUUGUCUGUUAUGUUAUCCUGCUUCCAGUAAUUUAUCACGUCUAGCGGCCUCUGUUUUCAGUCUCCUAAGGUUUUGGAUCUUAUAGGGGUAUUGGUUUUCAAGUCACUGUAUUAUUCAGUAUUUCUUGGCCACCCUUUUAGAAAGAACUAUGUUGCUGGGUGUUGAUGCCGAAAUUGGUCAUUUGGAAAGCUCGUCUGAAACAUUCAUAAGAAUAUAGGCAUCCAAAAUAUCAUUGAUAAAGAGGGCUUUUGUCAGGGGUCUGGGGUUGGACAUCCUAUCGGAACGAGAUAAACCAUAUACAAGAAAGGUAAGCGAUAAAACAUGGUUAUUGGGUUCUAUUUGGCCCCAUUAUCAACCUAAGAGGAAGCGGUUACACACACCAGUACAAAGAGGCGCAAGUCAAAGUAAAGGAUAAAUCUGUUAUUAAUGAGAUCAAUAAAGAAUAUUUACCAACGUGAACAAAUAGUCUCCCAAGAAUGAAUUAUUUAGAAAAAACCUAAUAAGCAUCACGGAAUUCGACAAUUUUCCAGAAAUCUUCUUAUUUCCAGUAUUCAGUAUACCUCUUAAAAACUGCAUUUUCCCUUUGAUCGUUUUACCUUUUACAAACUUUAUUACAAAUUAUUUUACAAACGCAAUUGUCUAUCAGAUGUGGCUUUUUAGAACUUGUAGAAAAAUUAGAGAAAACAAUUCAUGUCUCUUAUUUAUGGUUAGGUGUCUGAAAUCUUCUUGUUUAUCCUUAUUAAUUUAUAAUUCAUGUUGGUCGGUUCUUUCUUAAAUUUUUGUUCUUUAUCGACAGGCAUUUACAAAAUAAUGGUAUUCAAGAAAUAGCCGUAGACUCUUUCAAGGGAAUGAAGCACCUGAUGUACCUGUAAGUUGAACGUUCAUUGCUUUGAUGGUUAAUGAUACGCAUGGUAUGGAUACGCCUUCAAAAAAGUACACUGAUGAAACUCAUCGUUUGCUAUAACAACAGCAUGUGCUGUUUUAAGGCAAAUUUCCUUUUGGUAUUUGUCCAAAGUUAUGUUUCUGUUCAAAACAGUCAGGCGCGUACUAGGUCUCUAGAUGAGCAUGCACGGUAGCGACGAACGUAUGUUUCAUGUCUUAUGCACCAGCCUCAUUCUGGUGAAAAACACGUGCGCUUGCAUUGUGCACUCCGACGUGACGAGUGAGUGAGCGACGUGUGAGUUAUUACUUUGCUGAAUAAAUGUCUACGGAUUAACGUAAUAAGUUAAAGUAUGAACGAUGUAUUUUCUGUGAAUUAACCAACCACACUCCAGACAACUGCAGAUUCACAGUCAAUUGUCAUUUAACGGGUAAUAUGCAUACAGAAUAUCACGACGUAGAACAACCACCGUUACAGUGGUCAGGAUUGUUAACCUCAAGUGACUGAUAACUCAGGAGACGAGUCCCUUGAGUACAUAUUAAAUCUGGAGUAAAAUCUAACACCAAAGCAAGCCUCAAAGAAGUAAACAAGACCCUCAGCUCUCUGCGAGAUCGUUAGUAUUGACCAAGUCUGAUUUUCUGGGCUCAAGAAUGGAUAAAAAGAUGCGAUUACAUAAAGAAAAAGAAGGAAAAAAACCUGUGAACUAAAGCGCCCUGACACCUAAAAAGUACAUUGUGGGAGGUCAUGAAUCGCUAUGGACAUCCCAUUCCCCCCCCUGCCUAGGGGGUUGUUCCCGACUAUUUUACCAAAUAGACAAAUAUAUGCCAUUCCUGUCCAUGGUGCCAUUACGGUGGCAGAGCAGAUGGUGUGUCAUAAAAACUUCGCAGCGAUCUAGACACAAUUGGGAAUCCAAGGUCAUGACGAGAGUGUUUUAUUUGAUUGACACUGUGAGGGCUCUCAGGACAUCAUACUACAUCCACAAUACAAUAGGCAAAUUCAGUGAUACAACCAAACAAAGUUAAAAAUAAAGUUGAAGGACAAUGAGGAAGAUUGAAACGUUCUAUGAUGGUACAGAAAGCAAAAGUUGUCACUGAUUAUUCUUAUUCUGAACUUGCCUCCCCCAGUUUCUGUUGUAAUCAUUAAGCGUUGUAAAGGAUGAAUUUUUGGGUAGCUAGUGAAAUACUUUUUCUGUUGCUUUAUUUAAUUUUAAAAUAAUCCUUUUUUCAUUCAGUACCCUUUACUAUCAACAUGGUGUACCCUAUAUUUUCAGGGAGCCUCUAGUUCAUAAGCCACCGGCAUGUAUAUAGUCUUCCUUUUCAUCACUAUUUUGAACAUUUGUAAAAUUAUUUACUUUAGAAUAGCUUCUAACAUCUUUAAAAUAUUAUAAAUUUAUCGUGUAUCGUAAAUAUAUUUUAAGUGGUUAAUGGCGAAAUGGAUGAAUGAAUAGUCUACCCUUGUUCUAAACUACCAUUUGUAGGCGUUUUUUAACACUGAGGUAAGUGCUAUGUGGAGCUAAGGGGGCCAUGUAGUAUAGCCACGUAUAAGGUAUCUAGCCGAUUAUGGGCCGAAGGUUUUUCAAAAUGUAAAGAGAGUUAAAAAGAGUCAUAGGAAUAAUAUUGGAGUGUAUUCUGAAUAUUGUUAAUGUAUGUCAAAAGGUUAACUCGAUCCCCCAAGCAAAAAAAAAAUUGAUAUGGUAUGCAAGAUGUCAGCUUUAAAAUCUGACAUCCUUUAUCAAAUAAAGAUUUCUAUUUUUCAUAACAUUUUAAACUAAUAGAAAUUCUGCCUUUAUUUCAGUUUUCUUCAUGGGAACAGACUAUCAAAAGUUUUAAAAGGCAUUUUUGAUCCUUUGAUUAAAUGCAAGUUUUUGUAAGUAAAUAAUAACAUAUCUUUUGGUACACAAAGCCUGUACGUUUCACCCUUUCCGAUAACGAAACAUUGAGGAUCCUUUAUAUUACCUGGAAGUGAAGUAACCUACAAAAUUAUAAGGUUCUCCCGAACUGGUCAGUUUGAACCUGCAGAGAUAUGAAAUAAAUUAUUAACAAUAUAAGUAUAAUUUAAAUGAAGACAUGAUCGUCGCAAUUAUAAUAGUAAUUUUUUAACUAGUUAAAAAUAAAACCGAAAAAACUUUGGUGCUUCAACGGUUUUCGAACCCACAUGGCUUAAAAAAAACGUAAUUUUUCUCGGGCUAAUUUUCAACUGCGACCAUCAUGUCUUUCUUAAAAUUUAUUUGAUAUUUCCAAAGCCCACAUCACCAAUAUGCCUUUUAGUGCGUAAGCACUGUACAGUAAUGUUCCACCACCUGAGCUAUGAAGACCCAUAAAUUGGGAGCAGGAAUAUUUCUUGAUUGAGUGAAUGGAAUGAAACAUAAAGUGAAGUUUUCUCCAUAACUUUCAAGGGAUGAAAUGAACACAACAACUGGCUUGCUUCCAAUGCAUGGGUCUCAGUUGGUAGCGUCGUCACGCAUAGGCCAUGGGUUCGAAUGAGGCUCCAAAAGUUUUCUCGGACUAAUUUUCAACUGCGACAGUCUUUAAUAAAAUUUAUAUUAUAUUUCAGGCAGCUCACAUAAUCACCUUUUGGGAAAUAACCGUUUAAACAAAUAUUAUUUUUCAGUUGUAAUUCUGUCUUGUAUGUGUUUACCUAACUCACUUUUGGUUCUACUUCUUUUUCUUAUGACUUUCCUUAUGACUACGGUUUGAAUACUGUAUAAUUGCUUGUUUCAAUUUAUCAGAACACUUAACAACAACAACAUCAGCGAGAUUGAACCACACGCACUCCAAGGACUGAAGACCAUAGAGACAAUGUGAGAAACUAUUUUGAUCUAAUAUACUCAGUCCACGAGAUACACUCAAUCAAGAAACACUUAUAGACUAAAAUGUAUCCACUUAAAAGAUUUAUAUACUUAAUUUUUUUACUUUCUUUCUUUACUUCUCGUAGAUUUUUACAAUACAACCGUCUCAGGAGAGUAAAGAGAGAAGACUUUUCAUCAAUGAUACGUCUAGAAAGGCUGUAAGUAUUUAGAUUUGUUCAGGUAGCUCAGAUGAUCCAAAAAAUGCCAGUCUGCCUGGUCAGUUUUUUUACCAUCUUGUUGGUUGACAGUAUUUUUUUUCCAUUUUCAAACUCUUGUGUCAAAAGCAUAGGCGUACGGGCCGGGGGGGCGAGGGGGGCUGCAGCCCCCCCAAAGUUUGGGCAACUCAGAUUUUUUGGGCAGCACGAGAAAAUUUGGGCAAAGCCAAUUUUUAAAGACGUCUCCAUGUUUUUAGUAUUAUUUUGAAGAGAUAAAUAUAUUCUAUUUUAACCUGAAGUCGGCGUAAUAAUCCAGUUACAUUGACACGAGAGUGUCCGCCUAGCACGUGACGAGUUUCUGGUUGUAAGGGAAAGGUAUCAUAUGCUGAUCUUUUUUUAUUGUUGGGCACUGUACUGCAAUGGGCUAUUUCCACUCGUGAAUUUAUUAGAAUAAACUUCCGCCUAACUUUCUAGAAUCAUCUCCGCUCGUAGAACAGUGUAUGGCAGAUAGCAUCAGCAAUGGGUCUUAAAGUGAAGAAGUGGCUGACUAAUUCUCAGUUUGAAUUGAGAGAAGAAUCUUGAUUUUUUUAAAAAGUCUAUCGAGCGGUUUAAAAAUGAUUCAAUAAUUUGUUAAAGUAGACUGAAAUGUUUACAAAACCGCUAACAAGAGCGCCAUGAUACAUACUAAUCAAAUCCUUCUUUGUAGCAAUUGGCCGGAGGUAUCUCCAUGAUCUAUCACCCACGUUUUUGAAAAGAUUGAAACUACUAUGAGGUGAAAUUGCAUGUCAGGAGGCAGUGUGGCCGAGUGGUUAGAGCGUCGGAUUUGAAAUCCGUAGGUUGCGGGUUCAAAUCCCGUUCUGACCGCUAGCUGAUGUUUUUCUUGGUAGCCCCAAGUUCAACUUCUCGUCUACGCUUGUAAAUAGCCAACUGGUCUGCCUCCCGCCAGUUGGGAUUCUUAACCUUUAUAUGUUUAUUUAUCACUAUUUGUUUACAUUGGUCCUGAAAAGCCCCAAUGGGGAGUGGCCAAUUAGGUAUACAUACAUACAUACAUAUACAUGUCAACAGUGCAUCGUUUUUUACAGAUAACGGCCAAACAUCAAGAUUUUCCUUUUUGUACCGUAUUUCCAACGAUAAAAACUUUACCCCAAAUAUCUCGAUAACGCUCUUACAGAUUCCGUUUUAACGUCACGAACAUCGAUGAGACUAUUGGAGGAAAAAUCUCCUUUGAUCGUUUUUAAAAGAACAGUUCCCAGAGAGAAAUAUUGCUGCAAGUAUAAUAGGCAAUGGCUUCAUUUCAUUGCUAUAAAAACUCCGAUGUCAUUGCAACCCUGAUCACAACAACUUUUCAUCUUUAUCUAAUACACCUGUGGUGGCAACUUUUCCAAAUGUUUGUGUAUGGCGACGUAGUUUAUGCUCAAACUUGGCAGGUAUUGACCCUGAAAAACUGUAUGGAGCCAUUUGCAUAUGCCAGUACGGUCUAUCUUGUUGCAUCGGCCCUCGUUUCUGUUCGACUGUUUUGUAAAAAUUUGGGCAACUUGCAAGAAUUUUUUGGGCAAAUGGUUUACCGCCCCCCUGGCAAAAAAUAGCCCGUACGCCUAUGGUCAAAAGCCCGUCCUCUCCUCUCUUUUGUGCCACUCUUUUUUGUCAGGGAGGUAGUCUCGAAAUCGAAAUCAUGGUCAUUGCACGUUUUAGUUUACAACAGAGCCGUCAAUUUAUUUUUAUCGCUAAGUGGCAUUUCCGCAGUAAAAAUUCCACUAUUUCUUGACCAAGGAGCCUGAAGAAUAUGUUUACAUUUUGCGUUUUAGUAUACUGAAAUCAAAAGUGUUCAAAAAAAAUCAAACUUUAAAGCUUAAACCUUUAAGUUUUGAAUUUUCAGUGGCCGUAGAAAAGAGCAAGAAAACUGGUGACCUCAUUUACUGAAGUCACUUUAAAGGUCUUAGUAUAUCAAGUUACUUCACUCUCUGAAAGGGCCACUUUCACUGCUUGAUUUGAUCGCAGAAAAAAAUCUCAUGCUUGACAAAGUGGGUUAAAAAUAUCUGUGUAUCAUUAAAAGUUUCAUUGGAAUAUUCUGGUCCUGAGCCAGACUAGCCUCUCCCUCAAGUGGUGUUGCGAUAAUAUAAUAGAAGAGGUAAAUAGUAACAGAAACAAAAAAGUAGCGUUGCAUAUUACACUCUAUUAAUGUCAAAAAGAGGUAGGGUCAGAUCUUGAUACUAACCUAAGUUGAGAUCAAUACACCUGGUUUUUUUUUUGCAGGUACAUGUUUGACAACGAAAUAUCCUUCUUUGAACCAGGAUCAUUUCCACACGCACGUCUAUCACAACUGUGCGUAGGUCUUCUUUUUGUUGUCUUGCCUCUUGUAUUAGAAAAUACAAGAGGCGAUAAAUGGGGUAACUUGUUUACUACUGGGUAACUUGAAGAUUAAAUCGCGAAAUGUACACAGCAUUUUUUGAAAAUAAAAGAUAAGAAAUGGGAUUUUUUUAAGCAUGCCUAAGAGGGUUCUGCACACGAACGGAGAGUGGUCUACCUGAGCUUAUAGCACACAGUUUAUCACUGACUUUCAUUAUUGUUCAAUAUAUUUCGCUGUACAGGGCCGCAAAUGAUCUUGCUGCUAUAAAUUCAGCAAUGAGGUUGAUCCAUCAGAAUAGAGAGUACUUUUGAUUGCUAGGCCGUAUUUUAUUUAAACAAAGCUGCAUGGCACUACUUUAGUAGCUAAGGGAAAGAAACUCCAUCUACACAACAGGGCACUUUUGUUCCUCAUUACUUUUUAUUGAACAUUCACUUACUUACGUACUUACGUACAUACUCGUUAAUUGCGUGCUUGGUCACGAAACAGAGAAUACCCGCUUUCCAAGACAUUCACAAAUUAGAAAAGUAACGAACGCAUACAGUAUUUGUAGACUAAAAACCUACGUGCUUUGAACUAGUUUAAACAAUCAACAAAAACAUCCAUGAAGAGUAAUUGACCUGAUACGUUCUGCGGUCCAUGAUCCGCUAAACUCGCGUAAGGUAAAGCAGAUACGAUAGUCUUUUUUGCCUGAAAACGGCUGAGGUCUAACUUCGUGAAAGACAUUUGUGUCUCUUCUGUUUUUUUUAUCUGGCCAUGUAUGCAUCUUUCUGUUUCGCCGAUGUACACUUUGCUACAAUGGAAAGAAAUCUUAUAAACAACUCCAUCUUACUUUUGCGGGUCAAUGAUGGUCAAUAGCAUCCUACAGGUCGUACUACAUGUCAAUAGCUCCUUACUGAUGCAGGAAAUGUCAUAGAUAUCAGGGCUCUUAAGUAUUGUUCUGAAACAACAACGUAUCCUUCUAAAAUAACUUACAAAUUCUUGUCAUCUUACGGAUGUUUUAUGUAACCUUGCGAAGGAGAUCAUUGGCUUCUUUCAUACUGCUCAUAAUACAUCCUAUUUACACCCCAAAUUUCGCAUAAGCAUUGACUUCAGUUUUUCUAGGUAAGACUCUGAUACCCAGGAGAGACUAAGAACUAUUCUUAUGCAAUUUUUUUUUCAAUUGUUUCAAUUAGCAAUUUUUUCUGUUAACUUCUAUUUCCUAUAAAUUACAGGCUUUUAUACAAAAACACUGGUCUGUCAUCAGUAACAAUCGAUGCAAAAGAACAACAAAGACCUAAUGUAACAAUAUACAUGUGAGUAUAUGACUCCAAACGUAUCCGCUUUUGUUUGAGAACGGAGGUUUUUCUCUCCAGUUUGGCCCACCAUCCACACGUAACCGGUGAAAAUGGUCACCGAAAACGCACCUUAACAAAAACGCUCUCCAGAGUAGAGUUUUUUAAAAUGCCGGCUUCUAGUUUACGUGUGGACAGACGAAAAGGGGAGUUUUCAAAUACGAUGAUGUCGAGCAUCAUAAACUUUUAGCGUGACACAUGCUCCGUGAGGAAUGCUAUCGUAUUUCUCCGUCGUUUUAAUGUUUUCGUGUGGAUGGGUGAAAACGAUUUGAAUACGCUGCGUGCGGCGAAAAAAAAAAUUCUUUUUCAAAAUUAUACGGAUACGUGUGGAGGGGCCUUAAACGUAAGUGCGCUGAAGGCCUGAGGUGGGUAGGGACAACAGUGAACACCAUCACAAAUUAAACGAAGGGCAAAUCAAAUAACACUUGGUCUUUGAAUAACAAUUGCUGGCUGUACAGAGUAGGGAAUUCAAUUGUUCAUUGAUCCACUAGCUAUGUGUUAAAAUAUGAUCCUACUAAACUGAUAUUUGAUCAGAUGACAACCUUGGCUUAAAGAACUUUUCUCUUGUAACUGUUACUUCUUGCUAGAUAUCCCGAUAAUGUACCGUCAAUUGCAGUGCGAGGUAUCAUUUAUGCCGAUGUACUGGAAAAAAAUGGAUUUCGGUGCCAAGAUAAAAGCCCUUGGGUUUGCGAUCUUUGCCCCGUUGGAACUUAUUCACGAGGCGAUGGUGUAUCUACGGGAUGCCAUCAAUGUCCAGCAGGUACAAUUAUCACUUACAACUCAUAA